ACCCGUACACUAACUAGACUACAACCUGCUUUUAGACGACGCCCCACAGCCCAUGAGAUUUCCACCGUGCGGACGCACAGCAGAGCCAAGUCCAUCGAGCGUCGUUGCCACCCGAGAGGAAAUCAUUGGGGUCUUAUUAUUACCGGGCUGUGCGUGCAGGCUGCCCGCGGCAUCACCUCAGCAAUAACAAGAGGGGUGCCAGCCAGGAGAAGGAGAACAGGAGGAGGAGGAGAAAGAGGAGGAGGAGAGGAAGGGGUGUUAGAGUAUCCCGAAAUUGACGCUCAGAAAUAAACAAGAAGACACCGUGUUUGGAAGACGUCUGCGGCGGGAAAGGCAAUUGAGAUGGAUGAGGUGUCACAAGAGGAGAGACUCCAGGCCAUCGCUGAGAAAAGGAAGAAGCAGACAGAGAUUGAAAACAAGAGGAGGCAGCUGGAUGAUGACCGACGGCAACUCCAGCAUCUCAAGUCGAAGGCACUGAGGGAGCGCUGGUUGUUAGAUGGAGCUCCAGCAGAAGAGGAGACUCAGAAACGUCUGCAUGAGGAGGAAGUGAAGACCAAACUCCUGGAGCAGGUCAUCCUCAGGCUGGAGCAAGAGAUUGAAGAACUGGAGACAGGGGAGCCAGCCAAUAAGGGUGUGGCCAAAGAAAAUGGGGGUGAGAAUGGAGUAGUGCAGACCUCUGGCCAGACCCCCAAGAGAGAGGUGACAGGCAUUGAGGCCAAGCUGCUGGGUCCCAGUCCUGACCAAGCUAGUGCAGACAACCCCGUCACCCUGGUGUUCAUGGGCUACAAGACCGUUGAGGAGGAGCAGGAGACCCACACAGCUCUGGGAAUGGAAGGGGUGGACGGCAAUGUUAAGGCUGAGUUUGUUGUGAUCGAGGAUGGGGAGGGUAAAGCGGCAGGAGAGGCAGCCACAGAAGAGCAGGCUCCGCCCAAUGGGAGCAUGGCAGAGAAAGAAAAGGCUAAUGGUGGCGGGGAGGAAGGAGAAAAGGAAAAGGAGAAGAAACAGACCUGCAAAUGCUGCACGGUCAUGUGAGCUGCAUGUGUGUAUGUGUGGUUGUUUGUGUGUGUGGCUGAGUAUGCACAUGCACCUCUGCAGGCAUGUGUGCCAUUGCAUGUGUCUGUAUUUGCAGAUGUGUGUACAUUUCCGUCUGUGUCGGAGAGUGUGGUGGUGUGUGUGUGUGUGUCUGUGUGUGUGAAUGUCAGGACUGGAGAAAACAAAAACCGAAGUACAGCCGAUAUACCAACAAUGAGAGCCAAUACAAGCUCCAGCUACAACAACAAGAACCACAAAGACUCAUAAGUACACUUUACUCUGUAUACUUUCUCUGAUAUGUAUUUGACUUUUGAUUUCUAUUGAUAUUUUUCUAUUUUUCUGUCUUGACAUUUAUAUUGUAUUCAGUAUGUAUAUCUUUAUUAUGGGACUGUGUACUGUAAGUUCAUUGUUAUUAUUGUUGGAAAAAAAGAAGAAAAUGUAUUAGCUCUCUGGAUUGUACUGCUACCCACUGGGGAAAAUCUGGAAACUUAAAAUCAUUGUACUUAAGUCAAAACGGCAUACUAUGAAGGACACAGAUACUUAAAUAUAUAUAUUUCUCUGUGUAGGCCUAUCAACUAUUUAUCAGUCAAUUUCAUAUUGCAAUAUUGUCUAAGAUAUUAUUUUAAAUAGUAUUUUAAUAUAUUGAUAUGGAAUUAUGUUUUAUACAAUGUAUUUAUUGUUUUUGGUUCUCUAUAUCAUCUCCAACCAUUAACUGCAUGUAAGCUUGUAAGCACUACCAGAUUUGCGUUACAAUCAUAACAAGUGUCUGUGCUUUCUUAGACUCAUAUGUGCUCACAUCUUAAGUCACGCAGGUCUUUCUAUCAGUAACAGUAAAUAUAAUUGGCAGUGUUAGAGGUAUGCAUUCAAUUUAAAAAAAGAAACAGCACGGAUACAAAAAACCAAAUUAGAACACUGACCUUACUGCAAAUCACAUUGGUUUCUCAUAAAUAUGGUAUGCAACACAUGUAACACGAAGAUCACAGCUUUUGUAUUUUUUAAAUAGGACAAACACAUUUACUUUAUGGUCGAUAGUGUCAUGACAAAUCAUUGUGCAAUGAUAAGAAUUGCUUUUGUUCUCUCAACAGUAGAAUCAAUGUAAAUCUUAUGAGGUAGCACUGCAUGAAGCCUUGCAACUUUUUUGACUGUCUUGUCACUGUUAGAUCUUUAUAUAGGCUAUCACGUUCACAUGAAUGUAAAUCCAGGGGUUAAAUUGGGAUCCGUUCUACCCUUAUGACGAGAGGCGGGUUUGCUCAACUCGCCGUUAAAAAAAAAGAAGAAAAAAAAAGCUUUUCUGUCUCUUUAUGAACCAAAUAAAAAUCUGUUGAUACUGUAAUUUCACUGUGUGUUGGUCGGCUGCUGGUUUCUGUCCUGCUCGCUCCCAGUUUAACCCCUGACACUUUAUUUGUAGACCUGGGCCCAAAAGUACUUGAAUAGAUUAACAGAAUAAGAAAAUGAUUUGGGACAUUUGAAAAAGCUUGUCUUACAAAUUCCAUCUGAGGAUCUUGAAUCUUUUCAGCCUAAUGAAACAAUAUAAAGAAUCUGGUUGUGCUUUUUAGUGAUAAUUGCAUUGGUAGGGUUAGGAACUAUUUGGACCAUAAGAAAAGCCAGUGUAACCAUUCAAAAUGGAUCAGGUUGCUAGCAAGACAAACCAUGCAUGUAUCCUAUGGCAAUUCAAAGCCCUGAAAGCCUAUUGAAAUACAUUUUAGCCCAUGUCUCCGUAUUUGUUUGGCAAACGGGAGGCUAUAGAUGGUCUGGGUCAGUGAUUCAAAGCCACAAAUGUGUUUGUUCCCUCCCAGGUUCAUCCAUGUCUUUCAUUCACGUACACAUCAUCACCAUUAUCUCAUUAUCACACUGUUUCAUCAUCAUUGUCAAAACCACAUGUCCACCUUCUAUGCUCGGAGACACACAAUUUAAAAACCUCUGAAGUUUGGUGCUAAUCCUGAGUCUCAUCUAACUCUCCAUCCACCAACUAUUGUUUAACUUGUUCUUUGUCAAAUCGCUGGUGAGGGGGGGGGGGAUGUGAGAACCUACUGCCUCUUGCGUACACUUGUUGAAUAAGAGAGUCUUUUGCAACCUUCAGUGCCAGAUGCAUUUUCUCUCAAGUCCUGCCUACAUUUACCACCAGAGAAAUGAUCCCUUCUUACAUUCCAAGGGAGGCCAACAAGAGGUGUGGACGGAUGAAAUAUAGUCUAUGCUUUCCAUAUGUACAGUACAGUUCCACUCUAAUUGUACAACUUUGUUUCUUAUAUUGACUCUCAUGUUUUUUCUUUCCUAUGGCCUCUUUGCAAGGCAGUAUAUUGUAUUUGAUGUGUGUAUUUUUAAAAGAAAAAAGUUGACUACAUCUGUGUAUUGUUGGUGCCUUUGUCAGGUUCAGUUGGUUGGACUUGUCUGUCUGCCGCCAUUUUAGAUGGGGUUUUUUCUUGCUCUGCUCCUGGUCAGGACGACCCACUGGAAACACUGCCUUCUUCUCUGGAGGGUCACCUCACAUAAUUGGUAGAAUAUUAUUAUCAUUUUUCACACAAACCAUAAAUAAAUACAGCUCGGACAAUAGGUAAUAUACAGACCACUGUUGGUGUCUUGAAAAAACUUUGUAUCCUCUACCCUAUUUUUCACUUUUUUAAACUGAUUGAUUUUACUUUGACUGGCAGAACGCCUUUUUUUAUUCAUCACAUACAUCAAAGUCUUUUUAUUUUCCUUACCUCCUGUAAAGUUUUAACAUUUUGUUGAUACAAAGUUUAUGCAAGAGACUGACAGUCUAUUUAUGUAUAGUAUAUGCACAAGUACCUAUGUGCAUAUCUAUACAUAUAGUAUGUACGUAGAAAUACAUGUACAACUGGUGAGAUAAAACUUUGCUGAAUAGUGCAUCUCGGGACAGCAGCAGAAAAAGCAACCUUGUGUUAGACCAAUGCCUGUUCAUCUAUUCUGUGGUCGUCUAAAUGUUUAAUCUUGAAUAAAACUACUGUUUGU